AAGUUCUCCGAAUCCCUCAGCUCGGAGCUCAAAGCGUGAGCUGACCGAAACUAGAUUUCAUGCUGUACCGAAGACGGUAAUGGGAGUUCUCAAACCUUUGUACUUCAUUCUCUUAUGCUUCGUCUUCUCUAUCCAUGCAUACGGAGGCCCUGUCCUUUCCAACAGCGAAGUACGGGUUCUUAAGAAGAUCGUGGGGAAGAUCGGAAAGAAUGAUUGGGAUUUCAGCGUUGAUCCGUGCAGCGGGAAAGGGAAUUGGUACAUGGAGGAAGGACAAAACGCGAACGGAAUCGAAUGUGAUUGCCACUUCGACGGCAACUCCACCUGUCACAUUAUACGAUUGUCGAUCAAGGCGCAGAAUGUUUCCGGCGAGCUGCCCAUGGAGUUCAGCGAGCUUCGCUACCUUCAGCUGCUUGACUUGAGCAAAAACCUCUUCAAUGGUAGCGUCCCUAAGGCAUGGAGCAAAAUGCGCUUGUUCGACUUGGAAUUAACGGGGAAUCGAUUAUCGGGGCCGUUCCCACGAGUACUGACCCAGAUAACGAGCUUGAAAAACCUGAGCAUAGAAGAAAACCGUUUCUCAGGAACGAUUCCUCAAGAAAUUGGGAUCCUCACUAACAUGGAGAAACUUGUAAUAUCCUCCAACGACUUCACCGGAGAAUUGCCAGCAACUCUCGCCAAUUUGACGAAGUUGAUUGACCUGAGGAUUUCUAAUAAUAAUUUCUCAGGAAAGAUACCUGAUUUCAUAGACAAAUUUACUCAGCUGGAGAAACUGCAGAUUCAAGGUUCCUUUCUGGAAGGGCCCAUUCCUUUUGGCAUUGCAAACUUGAUAAACCUAGUUGAUAUGAGAAUUACAGAUCUUCGUGGAAAUUGGUCAACCUUUCCUCAAUUGAGUAGAAUGAAGUCCCUCAAAACGUUGAUAUUGAGGAAUUGUUCCAUACAAGGUUCCAUUCAUUCUUAUUUAGGAAACAUGAACAAAUUGAAAGCCUUGGACCUCAGCUUUAACAAAUUGACUGGAGAAAUUCCAAGCACAUUUGUCAAUCUGAAAAAAAUUGAUUUUAUGUAUUUGACUGGAAACACUCUCACAGGGACGAUACCUGACUGGAUCUUGAGCAGGAGAGGCAAGAACUUGGACAUCUCUCGCAAUAACUUCUCAGUUGGCAAAUCUGGACCAACUGAGUGUUCAAAUGGAGGGAGCAUUAACAUGGUGGAGAGCUGUGGUGCAGAAUUGGACAACAAGACUAGCAUUAAUCCAUGCCUGAGGAGUAACUUUCCUUGCGAUGCUCAAACAUAUAAAUCCUCAUUGCACAUAAAUUGUGGAGGAAGUGAAAAAGUUAUCAAUGGGAUAACAUAUCAAGCUGAUAAUGAGGAAGGAGGUGCUUCAAUGUUAUAUUUUGGUAAAAACUGGGCAUUGAGCAGUACCGGCAACUUCAUGGAUGAUGAUGAGGUUGCUGACAACUACAUUACCAGAAACACAUCAGUACUAACCAUGCAAAAUGCAGAGCUUUACACAGAAGCACGACUAUCCCCUCUUUCUUUAACUUACUAUGGACUUUGCAUGUUCACUGGCCAGUACACCGUAGAACUUCAUUUUGCAGAAACAAUUUUCCGAGAAGAUAACACUUUUAAUACCCUCGGGAAGCGUUUAUUUAAUGUCUUUAUACAGGACAAAAUGGUGUUGGAAGAAUUCGAUAUUCAAAAGGCCGCCGGUGGGUCUGAGAAGGCAAUUAAAAUGUCCUUCAAUGCCUCUGUCAUAGAUCACACUUUGAAGAUCCAAUUUUAUUGGGCCGGAAGGGGCACACAAGGCAUCCCAAAAAGAGGCGUUUACGGGCCGCUCAUAUCAGCUAUUUCAGUGACACCUAAUUUUGUUCCUCCACAAGACCCUACUGGUUUAAGGAAGGCUAUUAAAAUUGUCAUUGGAGUAUCAACCUUUGUAUUUUGCCUCAUCUUAUUUGCACUUGCCAUUUGGUUGAGAAAGAGAUGCGUUGAGCCAAAUUCUAUGAAUAAAGACCUGCCAACUGGACUAUUUACCCUCAGACAGAUUAAAACAGCAACCCAGAAUUUCGAUCCAACAAAUAAGGUCGGGGAGGGUGGUUUUGGUCCAGUUUACAAGGGUCUCCUAUCAGAUGGAACAGUAAUUGCUGUGAAGCAGCUUUCAUCAAGGUCCAGACAAGGGAACCGUGAAUUUGUAAAUGAAAUUGGCAUGAUCUCCGCUCUGCAACAUCCUAAUCUUGUAAACCUUUAUGGAUGUUGCAUCGAAGCCAAUCAGCUUUUGUUAGUGUAUGAGUAUAUGGAAAACAACUGCCUUUCACGUGCUCUUUUCGGAACAAAUUCACACUCAAGAAUACAUUUGAAUUGGCCAACUAGGUACAAAAUUUGUGUUGAUAUAGCAAGAGGCCUCACUUAUCUCCAUGAAGAAUCCAGAUUGAAGAUCGUCCACCGCGAUAUCAAGGCUAGUAAUGUGUUGCUGGAUAAACAUCUCAAUGCUAAAAUAUCAGAUUUUGGGUUAGCCAAGUUAUAUGAAGAUGAUAGGACUCAUAUUAGCACCAAAAUUGCCGGCACCGUGGGUUAUAUGGCUCCUGAAUAUGCAAUGCGAGGUCAUCUAAGUGAGAAAGCAGAUGUAUACAGCUUCGGAGUGGUUGCUUUAGAGAUCGUCACUGGCAAAAGCAACACAAAUUACAGGCCUAAGGAAGAGUUUGUUUACCUCCUCGACUGGGCCUGUGUUCUACAAGAAAAGGGAAAACUUCUGGAGCUGGUGGAUCCAAGGCUUGGAUCCGAAUACUCGGAGGAAGAGGCUAAACUAUUACUGAACCUCGCCAUCCUCUGCACAAACUCAUCUCCUUCGCUGAGACCAACCAUGUCAAAAGUGGUGAACUUGCUCGAGCGCCGCACCCCCUUGCAACCACUACUCCUGCUCUCGAGCUUCUCCCACAGCAGCAAUCAUGGCGUCAGAAGAAAUUUCUGGGAGAAUGAUCCCAUUGAAAUCCGGGAGAUCUCUGCGGAUUCAUCUGUAACGUCAUCAGUACCAGAAUUUGAUGAAAAUGGCGGCCUAAUUGAUUCGGAUCAAGGAUUUCUAAAGUCAUACUACUUGGCAAUAACGAAGAACCCCGAAGAGAACUCAUUCGAGGCAGAAGAUGGGAUCAGAGAUGAUCGCCAAUAAGGAGCUGCAGAGAAUUUUGAUUUUGGAGCAGGUGC